ACGAAAUCCCACGAAUAUACUGGUCUAAAACUCACCGUCAUGUUCUUCAUCAAAGAACUCACGCACACCAUCCUCCUCCACCCCUCCUACUUCGGCCCCCGCAUGCUCCAAUUCCUUGAAUCAAAACUCUACUCAGACGUAGAAGGAACAUGUUCAGGUCAAUUUGGUUACAUUAUCGCCGUCGUGUCGAUAUUGGAUAUCGGGAAGGGAAUGGUGCUCGGAGGGAGUGGGCAGGCUGAGUUCGUGACAAGGUACCGGGCGAUCGUGUUCAAGCCGUUCAAGGGGGAGGUCGUGGAUGGAGUGGUCAAUAACGUGAACAAGAUGGGUUUCUUCGCGGACGUUGGACCUUUGACCGUCUUCGUUUCACAUCAACUCAUCCACCCCGACAUGAAAUUCGACCCAACAUCAAAUCCACCAUCAUUCGCCUCCGAGGAACAGAUCAUCGAGAAAAACACAAAAGUGCGCCUAAAAAUCGUCGGCACCCGUGUUGACGCCACCGAAAUCUUCGCUAUCGGGACCAUCAAGGAGGAUCAUCUAGGUGUCAUUGAAUGAAUGAUCUUAUGUUUCCGUUUCCUCUCUUUCUUCCCUCGCUUUGUUGUCGCUGUUUAUUUUACCUGUGUUAUUAUGAAUUCUGUUGUCGCGGAAGC